AUGUCCUCACUGGAUGCAUCAACCCUCUUCUCCGUUAAUGGCCUUGUUGCUGUCGUGACUGGCGGUGGAACAGGUAUCGGGUUGAUGAUCGCUCGAGCUCUUGAACACAAUGGUGCGAAAGUCUACAUCCUCGGCAGACGCGAGGAGGUCCUCAAGACUGCAGCCAGACAGAACGCGAUCCACGGGAACAUAAUACCUGUCGUUGCGGAUGUGACUGACAAAGCAUCUCUGGAUGCUGCCGUGGCCAAAAUCAGCGAGGAGACCGGCUAUAUCAACCUGCUGGUCAACAACGCCGGGACUCUCGGCCGCGUGCACAACGCCAUCUCCCGACCGCCACCCCACAAGAGUCUCCCAAGCCAGUUCUCCCGCCAGACUGACGAUGACCUGACCAACGUUCAGGGUAUUCGGGAUUUCCUGUGGAAGGAUGAGUUUUCUGACUGGGACAACAUGCUGCGAACCAACGUCUCCGGCGUAUGGUUCCCCAGUAUUGCCUUCUUGGGUCUUCUUGACAAGGGGAAUUCGGAGGAGAAUGUUGUCCAGAAGAGUCAGAUCGUGACAGUCGGGAGCGUCGGGGCUUUCAUCCGGAUUUUGGGCACGUCCUUCUCCUACAACCCCAGCAAGGCGGCCGCGAACCAUCUCGCGAAGAUGAUGGCGACGAACUUCGUGCAGUGGGGCAUCAGAUCGAAUGUGAUUGCUCCGGGCUACUUCCCAUCCGAAAUGUCAGUCGGAAAGGGAAAACUGGAUGAGAACAACAGGAACCAUAUCAACAUCGCAAUCCCACCAGAGGAGGUUCCGUUGGGCAAGGUCGGAGAUGAAGAAGACAUGGCUGCUGCCAUCCUGUUCUUAGCCGGGAAGGGAGGAAAGUAUCUGAAUGGCAAUGUUGUGAUCACGGACGGUGGCCGUCUUGGGAUCAGCCCCGCAGUGUAUUAA